CCCUAGCCCACAGUACGCUUUCAUCUCUACACCAAAAAACAACCUCAAAAAUGUACCUCCUUGGCGUUUUCCUGCUCUUGGUCGGCACUCACGUCUGCUUCAUCGAUGCGAACUUCGGAAGCGGAGAGGGAAAUGACUACACCUACGGCACCCAGGCAUCCACGGAUACCCUCAUCGCCAGUGAGACCAUAACCAAGACCAAGUCCUUGCUGGGCACCACCACGAAGACGUACACUCUAACGCAGGCGGGCACUGCCAAGACCAUCACCUACAUCAAAAUCACGGAUCUGAAGAAAAUGCGGGGAGCCACGGCCGAGAUCACCUCCGGCGGAGUGGGAUCCACGACGGUCACGAUCAAGUUCACCUCUGCACGGAGCGCUGGCAUCAAGUCGCAAGUGGUGAUAUACGGCUCCUAAGUGCACCCGAUCCAUUGGGAUCUCUAUUAUUUAUUUGCGAAGGAAUUGUGUUCAUUAUACAACUAGACGAUUAUCAUCGGUGCCACAUUUAUGAAAUAAAGAUCUUUAAACUAGA